UUUGCGUUUGUUGUCAUUAUAAAAUCAUUCACCAGAUCGGACACCCUAGGUUAUCUUUACGACACCAUUCAUUGCGCAAUGCGCAUAAUAAUAUGCGCUCGUACGAGUAUAUAUGCCGCAGAUCUUCUUAAUCUUAAUACUGUCAUGCUUGCUGUGUGUUUUUUCAAUCAUCAUUUCUUAACACCCAAACACCCAGCUGUAACAGUUCCCUAGCUCUGCAGUCUGCACCUAAUUAUUCCAAAACUACGGUUACGCGAAUAGUUUGCUAGACGAUUUAAAAAAAAUAGUCAUGCAUAGUACUUCCUUAACUGUCUGCGUUUGCCCUGCGCGUAUUUGUCUAUGGACUGCCAGAUAGUUACCCAAAACUCCUAAAUCAUCCGCGAAGAAAAAAGAUGCCAUGGAACCGGCCAAAGUUUGGCUGUAAACGGACCGCUGACGAGAAGGAAGAACGGAAGACGCGCUGUUGUGGCUGUUUUCCCACCUUCGCUUCGUUGCGCCGUCGACGCCGUGCACGAGGCAGUGCCUUACAAAUGUACGCACCGGAAAUGCAUCCGACUCCGAACGCGGGAGCAGAUGUGGCCGUCAAGAUCUACCAAGCCGUGGCGCAAGCGCAGCCGCCCAGCGCCAGCAGCAACGUGAUCAUCUGUUCGUCUUCUAUUCAGCACAUUUUAUUGGCUCUCCUUCUUGGCGCCCGCGAUCCACUGCGCCAGGAUCUCUUGGCGCUGCUGUGUUCCGACGGAUGCAGUAUUGAUGACGUCAGCGCGGCGUUGUCCUGUGUCGCGAGCGACGGGGCUUUCAGUCAAGUCAACGCGAUCCUCUACAGUGACAAACUCACCCUCAAACCGUCCUUCAAAGACGCCAUGGAUAAAUCCGAUGUGGUCGUACUCCCGGUGGAUUUUGAGAACGUAGCUGCCAGCCAGAAAGCAUACGACGAUUUUUUGAUAAAUUACAACAGUGACCACCUCCCGGUGGGUGGGCGAAAUGGGCAGCGUUCUCGGUAACCCUUUAACCAGUCUGGUGUUGCUCAGUUUAUUAACGUUCUCCGCGCCCUGGGUGCUGCAGUUCGAAGACAACUACACCAAACCGCGCGUCUUCACCGCCCUGGACGGCAGUCAGAAGACCGUCCCGUUCCUCCUGUCCGGAAGAACGACCUGGACGUCCUUUAACGCAGCGAUGAAAACCGCCGCCACGGAUCCGCAGAUGGUAAUUAUGGAGGCCGGCGAGAAGCGGUACAGUGUGAUGUGUGUUCUACCGGCUACCGCGGGCGGUGAGGGACUGCGUCAGCUGGAGGAGAGCCUCUCCGCGGAGACAUUGCGGGGAUGGCGGAAGCAGAGUGUGCGCGCCGUUAUGGCACUGUCUUUGCCGAAAUUCCGGAUAACGUGCCAGGUGGAGCUGCGACGCGGGAUAGAGGCGUUGGGGCGGCCAGGUGAGUUGUACCGCACCGCUACUGGGUUUUCUGACAUGUUUGAGGAGUGUCCGCUGCAGGGCGUUACCGAGUUCCGGCACAAUGUGAUGUUCGAAGUGGACGAACUGGGUGUCCGGUCCAGCGUGGCUACUGUGUUCUCCGCCGAGUACCUCUGCGUACCGAUACCAGCCUUCAUCGCAAAUCGGCCCUUCCUGCUGCUGGUUUGGCACAAUCAGCUGGAUAUACCGCUCUUCAUCGGCCGCAUUACCGAUCCCACGCAGGCGUCAUAGUCAGAUAUGGCUGCCCGGGAAGAAAUUCUGAGCCUCUAAAAACCAUAUGCCGCUUUACGUAACGGUUAAUGUUAUUUAGAGGCUCAGAAGUAUGUAUGUACCUUAAAAAAUGGGUGCGCAAUUAAUUUCUUGCACAUCUUUUACUAAGUACACUUUCGCCUCUUGAAUUUCCUGUUCAUAAAAAAUUAAUUUGAAUUCUGCAAAAAUGUGCAAAAAUAAUUACCGGCAUUUUCUCUGGAUUUUGUCCCGGCAAGAAGAAGCCGGAUGAUGAUGAUAAUUUACUGGUUA